AUGGCCUCUGCAUCGUCUCAGGCUGUGACAAAGCGAUCGUCAGAUACGCAACUGAUGCCUCCUCCGCCACCAGCGAAGCGGAUAAAACGACCGCCUGUUGCCCUUGACGAAGACGAUUACACCGACGCCCUUUCCCAUAUCGUCGCCCGGGAUUUCUUUCCUGGAUUGCUGGAAACUCAAGCUCAACGGGAUUAUCUUGAUGCCCUUGAAUCGAAAGACAAGGAAUGGAUUACCACAGCAGGAAGGAGAAUGGCGCAGGUGAUGACUCCGGGAUCGCAGAGGAGAUAUGCUGGGACAUCCAUGACACCGCACCGCGGAAGCGAUCCUAUCCUGUCUAAUAUGGAGACCCCCCACCGAACCCCAGCUAUGAACAAGAAUACACCCAGAGGCUGGAAAGGCGAUACCCCGAUGUCGUGUGCUACUCCAGGUAGCGUGGCCUCGACUGCCACAAGCUCCGCAGGCAGAGGGGUCCCAUCGAAGGUACGGAAUAUGGGACUAGGCGCUUUUCAACAAAAAUAUACGAGCGAAGACAACGAAUCAUUCAACAAGCUACUUGAUAAGCAGAAUGCAAAGAAGAGGGAGAAAUAUGCAUGGCUGUGGAGUGGGAAUAAGAUCCCGUCGGCCAGACAGCUGGUCCAUGAAAAGCGGGAAGCAAAGAGACUUGAAGCGCAGGCCGCGCCGGAUGGGAGCAGGGAGAAACAGCUUUUGAAACUAUCCGAUACCAGGGUCGUGGCGGACGAACGUCCCGCCAGACCUGAUGGCUGGAAAUCAAAACCCGAGAAUUCCUUGAUGUUUAUCCCUUCUUCCGUGGAAGACGAGGUCGAAACAGUUCAGCAAAAACGAGAGGCUACAUCCCGGAUGGGAGAGAAGCAAGUCCUCUAUCACAACACCCGUAUUAGGCCGCAGCUCGAAAAUGUAGAUGCAGACCGGCAUUCGACCGUCCCACCGUCACCUUCCCUAUCUGCAGUUCGUGAUGCAAUAGCCGGACGGCCACGACCAACCGACUCAGAACCAGGGUACGCUGGCGGUGAAACUCCUCGUGUAAAUGGAUACGCCUUUGUUGAUGAGGACGAACCCGAGCCACACUCGGUUAAACAUGCUGACGAGGAUGAAGAGGCAUAUCAUCUCAAACUUCUCGAGAGCCAAGCUACUGACUCGACGCCGAAUCCGUUCAAGCUCAAAGAGAGCGGGAAGAGAGAACUAUUGCUUCACCGCAUGGUGGAACGGGUGGCAAAGAAUAAUAGAAGCGAGAAGGCGAUGAAAGAGACGAAGACCCCUGUACCGGUGUUCCCAAGCAGCCCGAUGAUCGCCUUUGGGAGAUCGGGUAAUGGAUCUUCAAUACCAAAAACGCCUGUCAUGGGUCGGGCUGCACUUACCCCUGCAGCCCAGAGGCUCUGGGCCCAGGUGGGUAAUAGCACUCCAAGAAGAGCUGUGACGUCUGGUUCAACGGGUGGAAAGAAUAUGUGGACACCCACACCCAAAAGGGCCAAAUAG